AUACCGAGGAAAAGGAAGGAAGCCGAUGAUGACGCAGUUAGAAAGCGCCGAAUCGCUAGCAGUUGAACUAACAGGUAUAAUAGAGUUUUGACAGAUUCUUCUGAUUUGUGCUGAUGUUGGCGCGUGCCAGAUGGUCCAGAAGCCAGCCCGGCUCUGCUUAGUGCUCCUUCUUCACCUGUGUGAGCCAUCAUGGCGGAGGAGGAAGGCAUUGUGACAGAGCAGAUGGAAGAGGCUUCGGGUGGACUGUGCUGGCUGUCAGUGUUGUCCUGUCUACUGCUUGCCUGCUGCUAUGUUGGCAGCUUGUAUGUCUGGAGGAGCGACCUGCCCAGAGAUCAUCCUUUGGUGAUAAAGAGGCGCUUCACCAGCGUCCUGAUCGUGUCGGGCCUGUCGCCUCUCUUUGUUUGGGCAUGGAGAGAAUUCACAGCAGUCAAGACUGUCUCACCAUUGCUGGCCCUCUUGGGGAUUCGUCUUGAAGGUUUUAUUCCUGCGAUUGUUCUUCCUCUGCUGCUGACUAUGGUCCUGUUUCUGGGCCCACUAAUGCAGCUGUCCAUGGACAGUCCCUGGAGCUUCACAGACGGUGUUCGUGUGGUGCUUGACCCGUGCUUCUGGACGCUGUGCCUCAGUGACAUGCGCUGGUUGAGGAAUCAGGUGGUGGCACCACUGACUGAAGAGUUGGUGUUCAGAGCCUGCAUGUUGCCCAUGCUGGUGCCGUGUGCCGGUCCUUCCACUGCCAUCUUCACCUGCCCUCUUUUUUUUGGAGUGGCUCAUUUUCAUCAUGUCAUAGAGCUGCUGAGGUUCAGACAGGGCACGGUGUCAGGAAUUUUCUUCUCAGCAGUGUUUCAGUUCUCCUACACAGCAGUGUUUGGAGCUUACACUGCAUUCAUCUUUAUCAGAACAGGUCAUCUGAUUGGUCCGGUUCUCUGUCACUCCUUUUGUAAUUACAUGGGUUUCCCAGCCAUCAGCACUGCACUGGAGCACCCCCAACGCCUCGCCAUUUUAUCAUCCUACCUGAUGGGAGUUCUUCUCUUUUUCAUGUUGCUCUUUCCUUUAACAAGCCCUUCCUACUAUGGCGUCCCCACUCCAGUCUGUUCCCUCACCUCGUCCCCCAGCUCUCUCUGUUUUUCCUGACCCUCUUUCUCUGCCUACACAGGCUUAUCUGCUUUUGUCCUGUUGCUGUACGAUAUUUAGGCAAUCAAGGGUUUGGUUGUGUUUUAACGGUGAACUGGCACUGAUGUCCUUUACAAAUUGAUUGGAUAGUGCUGACAGGCAUGGGGGGUUAAAAUGAGCCAAAUUUCUAAGUAAUCAUUAUUUAUGGUUUCCUUUAUACGUCGUAAACUAGUGAAAGACGUUCACAUCUCAGAAUGUGUUGAAACCGAGGUUAAUGUUCCGGGGAACGUUCUGUUCCUUCACUGACCUGAUGACCGGAACACAAAUCAUCUUCUCGACUCAAUGUUUGUGGAACCACAUAAAAAACCUUGAGUCAAACUUAGUAAAGGCUUAUUUGGUGAAAUGUUUCAGUUUUUCCUUUUAUUAUGCAGCUUUCAGGUCUGUGAGGUAAUCAGACACUUUAUUUUGCUGUUAUCUUGAUUCAUUGGGACAACCAAACAAAUGGUGAUGACUGGUUUUGGCCUUCAUCCCUGCUGUAUGAGUCGAGUCGUAGGAGGAUCUAAAGCAGGUCCAGGUUUUGUUGGCUGAUCCAGAAUUCAUGCUACUUGUUAUGAGCUACACUUUCCCUUUUGACUGCAUCUCCAGCAGGGUUUCUGUUAUCUCUGGCUGUGUGAACCUUCUGGAAGAAUCAAUACUGCUGUAGCUGCACUGAAGCACAGGAACAGAAAUUCUGUCAUUGGUAGUAUAUUCUGCAAGAUAUCUAGUUUAUUUUCAUAUUCAUGGUUUGAUUUUUAGCAUCAAGUUUUUUGCCACUUUUUUUUAAGCGGAGGUUCAAUCUUUAAUAUGUCCUAAGUUUAGUCAUAUUCAAUAAAUUUUAAUAUUAUUGAAGAGUUAAUUUAUUUCAAUAACUCAGUUGGGGGAAGCGCAAAGUAUAGAUUACAUACAGUUUCAUUUCUGUUAAUUAUAUUUUACUUACAGUUGAUGAAAACGUGACAUUUAAGAUUGGAAUAUUUCAUUGGAUCAAUAAAAGUUCAUUUUAAUACA